UGUCAGUUUGACUGUGAGUCACUUGGUGCUGGUGUUUGGAUUCUCCUCACUGAAAAGCAGAUGAAGCGCACAAUAAGGGAAAUGCCCAAACAAUUUCAAGAGUCUGGACCCUCUAACCAGGACAAACAGAGCUCAAGAGCACCGUCUACUGGCAACAAGGAAAACAUCUAGGGAUUUUGGUGGAUUACACUCCAUCAGCUUCAUGUAAUCCCUCCUUUUAUUGAAGGAGCUCAGGCUUUUUUUGUAUCUUUUUGGUUCUUGGACUAAUUCUUCACAGCUCCUACUGCCAAAAGCAUGUCAACAAAAAUGACUUUAUAGCCACUGACUGCAGGCAGAAUAGAAGAAAAGCAAUAUAAAGCAUGGAGGCUUCAAGUUCUGCUCAUGUGGGGACUUCGCCCUCUACACCCAUAUUCCCCACCUACCCUACUCCCUCCUCUCCUGGGUACUUGCAUUUCUUCUGGGAGUACCAGGACAAUUCUGUCAUUGUGGAACAUUACAACCACACUGGCAAGCUGCAGAAAGACCGCUACCGUGAGGGACUCAAACCUGAGGGCAUUGCGUUCCUGGUGGUGUGUCUCCUCAUUGUCCUGGAGAACGCUGUGGUUCUCAUCGCCAUUUGGAGGAACAAGAAGUUCCACCUGCCCAUGUAUUACUUGCUGGGUAAUCUGACUCUGUCUGACCUGCUGGCUGGGAUUACCUACAUGGCCAACAUUAUCAUGUCCGGACCUAAUACUUUGAAACUGACGCCAUUGCUGUGGUUCCUCAGGGAGGGAGGGGUCUUCAUCACUCUGGCUGCCUCUAUCAUUAGCCUGCUGGCCAUUGCAAUUGAACGACAUGUUACUAUGGUGACAAUGAGGCCAUACCACGGGGCAAAGCGGGGACGGAUGUUGGCACUGAUUGGUGCAAGUUGGGCCCUGGCAGGCUUUUUGGGGGUCCUACCAAUUCUGGGAUGGAACUGCAUCCACAGACUGGACCAAUGUUCAACAGUGCUCCCUCUUUAUGCCAAGAGCUACAUCCUCUGCUGCGUCUCUGUGUUCAGUGCAGUGCUACUGGCCAUCGUGGUCCUUUAUGCCAGAGUUUUCCGCAUUGUCCGCACCAACACACAGCGCCAGCGGCUGGGCCUGUCGGGCAGCAUGCGAAAAGGCUUAGCGAGGAAGUCGCAGAAGUACAUCGCCCUCCUCAAGACAGUCACCAUUGUGCUGGGCGUCUUCAUCGCCUGUUGGCUGCCCCUCUUCCUCCUACUCCUCCUGGACUUUUUCUGCCCAACCCUCAGCUGCCGCCUGCUCUACAAGGCAGAUUACUUCCUGGGAGUAGCCAUGGUUAACUCACUCCUCAACCCCAUCAUCUACACUCUCACCAGUAAAGACAUGAGGAGAGCCAUUCUGAGGUUGCUCUGUCGGCCGUGUCUGAUGACCAGAGAUGGCCAAGUAAAGAAGAUCGGGAUGCCGUUCCUGGAGUGCAGUUUCAGUAAGACUGAGGUGGCAUCCCAGAAGUUAGAGGGGGGAGUGGAGACGACCGUUUCCUCUGGGAACGUUGUCACAACCCCAUCUCCAAUUAAAGCUCUUUACCCCAAACUCUUCAAGUCAUAAGGACAGAGACUGAGGUUGAGUUCAUAAAUGUAUGAAUGGGUUUCCCACUAAACAAGAGGACAUGCAGCACAUGUCUAACUUCUAUAGAGAGGAAGCAGUUCUGGUAUACUCAAAUAUAAAGUAUAGCCAGAAACAGAUAUUAUGGAGGCACAAGAGAAUCAUGUUUAGACAAAUGUCUUGCCCUGCCAAGUCAAAAGUGGUGCAGUAAAAGCCAUAAAAUCACAUCCACGAACUUCACUGUGACAUGAUUACAGCACAAAAAGCCAUGAGGAUGCUAUUCAAAUGUGAACAAGCAAACAAACAUUUUUUAUGAGUAUAAUGCAAGUGAUGACUCUCCUUAACUAAUUUGCACUGAAAUAUCACAAUGAACGGAGCAGCAGCCUUGGAUUACAUUUGUGUUGAAGCCAGGAAGGACGUUUUUUGUAAACCCAAAGACUUUCAUGACUGAAAGAGUGUAAAUUGUGUGACAUUUUCACCAAAACCUGCUGGGUUAAUGGUGAAUGAGUGUGGCUGUUUUUCCCUCUUUUUGCAGUUUCUUAUCAGAGUGCCUUAAAUACAUCACAGACACCAUCAUGUGCGAGAUUUGAUAUGAUAAAAUCGUGCAGCACCCCUAUAUCUGUGUACGUGAUGUAGGGAGCGUUACAGGGAGAGAGAAAGGCGACAGGAAAGAGAGAGGUAGCACUCACUCUUAACUGUUCAUACAAAGACAACUCAGUGGAGAAUGUUGUGGCAGAGUUGCAGGAGGGUGGGAUGUUUUGAACUGACAGAUGGUUAACCUAUCUGAUGCCAAGCGGACACUUGCUGUCGUUAGUGUUCUAGAUUCUGAAAUGUCAGACUGACAUCUGCAGGAAAACCUCUACAGAAACUAAAACCAUCAAAAUGUCACCAUAUGAUGUGAUUAAUUGACAGAUGUAACAAUGCUUUCUUUCUCUUGCAACCUGCCGAUAUACAGUAGUUAAACUCUGACUGAAACCAAAUCAGCUGCAAUCACCUGUAAGAAAAGGUCCGAUACAUGAGUUCAUCAGAAAUUUAAAUUUCAACUCGCGAAAAAAAGUUGUAGAUGCAAUCAAUCCUCAUCAUCCAGCUGCAUCUGGAGUUUUAAGGACAAGAAUGUGCCUGCACUUUUAAGCUAAAUCACGUAAAACCAGAACAGAUUCAUCAAAGAGUAAUUAUUACAAUUCUUCCCUUCACUGUUCAUCGUGUUAUCAGAAGAUUUCUGGUUAUAGUUUAAGGUACGGAUUUUUUUCUUAUUAUGAAAUGAGUUUGACAUCAGCCUUUUUAUACAGUUGCUUUUUAGUGUAGUCUUACAAGACCUUAAUUGAUGGAAAAGGCAGUGUGCUUUUUUUGUACUGUAAUUCAUGUAGUGAACCUUUUGUAUUUCUGAAGACUUUUUAUAUCGCCUAUAUUGUAAAUUAUAUCUAUUUUGUGAUGAGAAAGGGCUAGCAAACUUUAUCUUUCUUUUCAUAAAAGAAAUAAAAUGUUUUUGAUUCCAAAGAG